UGGGGGAAUAUUUGACUGAAGGUUCCUGUUUAGAGCGUCUUUAAAAACAUGGAUUCUAACGCAUUCAAACGUGCAGGAGACGGAUAGAAAAGCGCAAACUUUCAAACGGAGCAAUGUUUUCCUUCCUCCGCUCAGUGAAGAGCGCUCCUCCUGAAGACCUCCACAUCGCCCCUCUGCCCCCCCCUGCUCCAACAGCACCCCACGAGCCUCGAGCCAACACGGGAGAAGGGGGAAACUUGGUGGAGGACAAAGGUGUGAUUCAGAGCCCAGUCUCCUCUGUGUUUCUGCAAAAUCAAAAUGAACCCAUCCACAGCACGUACUUUGACGAGAAGAUCCCAGUACCAGAGGAGAGCAGCUCGAGUGUGUUUAGUCUCCGUAAGCUCUGGGCCUUCACGGGUCCUGGGUUCCUCAUGAGCAUCGCGUAUCUGGACCCUGGAAACAUCGAGUCCGACCUGCAGUCUGGAGCUAAGGCUGGCUUCAAGCUCCUGUGGGUGCUGCUGGGUGCCACCAUCAUUGGGCUCCUGCUGCAGAGGCUGGCAGCUCGCCUGGGCGUGGUCACGGGCAUGCACCUGGCAGAAGUGUGCCACCGGCAGUACCACACCAUUCCUCGUGUGGCCCUGUGGCUGAUGGUGGAGUUGGCCAUCAUCGGCUCAGACAUGCAGGAGGUCAUCGGCUGUGCCAUCGCCUUCAACCUGCUCUCCUCCGGCAGAAUUCCUCUGUGGGGUGGAGUCCUCAUCACUAUUGUAGACACGUUUUUCUUCCUCUUUUUGGACAAAUAUGGUCUGAGGAAACUGGAGGCUUUCUUUGGUCUCCUUAUCUCUGUGAUGGCGUUUACCUUUGGAUAUGAGUAUGUGACUGUGGCUCCAGACCAGGCCUCUGUGCUGCACGGCAUGUUUGUUCCCUCCUGUGACGGCUGUGGCUCUGCUCAGCUCCUCCAGGCUGUGGGCAUCGUUGGAGCUGUCAUCAUGCCACACAACAUCUACCUCCACUCAGCCCUGGUCAAGUCCAGAGAAGUGGACCGUUCAAAGAAAGAGGAGGUGAAAGAGGCCAAUAAAUACUUUUUUAUUGAGUCGUGCUUGGCUCUGUUUGUGUCCUUCAUCAUAAACGUGUUUGUGGUCUCUGUGUUUGCUGAAGCCUUCUACGGACAGACCAACCUGCAGGUGUACAGCAUCUGUAACAGCUCAGGCAGUCCUCAUGUGGACCUGUUUCCUCUAAACAAUGACACUUUAGAGGUGGACAUCUACAAAGGGGGGGUGGUCCUUGGCUGUUUCUUUGGCCCUGCGGCGCUCUACAUCUGGGCUGUGGGGAUCCUGGCUGCAGGUCAGAGCUCCACCAUGACAGGAACCUACUCCGGACAGUUCGUGAUGGAGGGCUUCUUAAACCUUCGCUGGUCUCGUUUCGCGCGGGUCUUACUCACUCGCUCUCUGGCCGUCACGCCCACGCUGCUCGUCGCCAUUUUCCAGGACGUCCAGAGACUCAGGAAUGACUUCCUCAACGUGCUCAUGAGUCUGCAGCUGCCCUUCGCCCUGAUCCCCAUCCUCACCUUCACCAGUUUACCCUCGCUCAUGAACGACUUCGCCAACGGACUGUUCUUUAAGGUGGGCGGGGGUGUGGCCAUCCUGGGGGUCUGCUGUAUAAACAUUUACUUUGUGGUGGUGUAUGUGACUCAGCUGGGCAGUGUGUGGCUCUAUGUGCUGGCAGCCUUCCUCUCCCUCCUCUACCUCGCCUUGGUGGGAUACCUGACGUGGUUGUGUCUGAUCGCUCUGGGACUGUCCUUCUUGGAUCCAACGAGAAAGGCAACGGUGAGCACCAGUAUUCUGAUGGAGCGCCCCCUGGAGUCUGAGACCUGACAGUGCACCUGGAGGAGGAGGAGCGUGGGCCUGUGUUUUUGCACACCUUUGCACUGAAUGUCUGAAAUGCUGAAGCCAAUUCUGAAACCUAUAAUAGACCUGGUUUAGUUCUGGUUCAGUUCUAGUGUAGUUCUUCAUUCACACCUGCACAUGAAUCUGCACAUGGCAAUAGGGACUAAACCUGCACUAG